AUGAAGGCUGGGAGUGCGGCCAAGCUUAUUGUUGAUGCCCUGCUGCAGAGGUUUCUUCCUCUUGCUAGGCGUCGCAUUGAAACUGCUCAAGUUCAGGAUGGACAGUACCUUCGGCCAUCAGACCCGGCUUAUGAGCAAGUAUUAGAUUCUUUAGCAAUGGUUGCACGACACACACCUGUACCCUUAUUGGAAGCUCUGUUGCGCUGGAGAGAAAGUGAGUCUCCAAAAGGCGCGAAUGAUGCAUCGACCUUUCAGAGAAAGCUGGCAGUUGAAUGCAUAUUUUGUUCAGCUUGUAUCCGCUUUGUGGAGUGCUGCCCACAAGAAGGACUUACAGAAAAACUUUGGAUUGGGCUUGAGAAUUUUGUCUUUGACUGGCUAAUCAAUGCAGACAGGGUUGUUAGCCAAGUUGAGUAUCCUUCCCUUGUUGACUUAAGGGGACUUCUCCUGGACUUAGUUGCCCAACUACUUGGUGCUUUGUCACGUAUCAGAUUUAGUUCUGUGACCGAACGCUUUUUCAUGGAACUGAAUACUCGCCGGAUUGAUACCAGUGUUGCACGAAGUGAAACGCUUAGUAUUAUCAACGGGAUGCGGUACCUUAAGCUUGGGGUCAAAACAGAGGGUGGUCUAAAUGCGUCAGCCUCUUUUGUUGCUAAGGCUAACCCUUUACAUCGUGCACCUCACAAGCGUAAAAGUGAACUUCAUCAUGCACUGUGCAACAUGCUUUCAAAUAUACUAGCUCCACUUGCUGAUGGUGGGAAAGGUCAGUGGCCUCCUUCUGGUGUUGAACCUGCACUCACCUUUUGGUAUGAUGCUGUUGCACGAAUAAGGGCAAAUCUGAUGCAUUGGAUGGACAAACAGAGUAAACACAUAUCUGUUGGUUACCCUUUGGUGACACUCCUGCUGUGUCUUGGUGAUCCUAAUAUAUUCCUCAGUAACUUUGGCUCUCAUAUGGAACAAUUAUAUAAACAUCUGAGGGAUAAGAAUCACCGCUUCAUGGCCUUAGAUUGUCUACAUCGUGUCUUAAGGUUUUACUUGGGCGUUCAUGGUGAUACACAACCUCCAAAUCGUGUAUGGGAUUACUUAGACAGUGUUACCUCUCAACUUGUAACAAUCCUGAGAAAAGGAAUGCUCACUCAGGAUGUCCAACACGACAAACUUGUGGAAUUUUGUGUGACUAUUGCAGACCAUAACCUUGAUUUUGCCAUGAACCAUACGAUACUUGAAUUGCUGAAGCAAGAUAGUCCUGAAGCGAAGGUUAUUGGUCUCCGCGCUUUGCUUGCCAUUGUUGUGUCUCCUACUAGCCAACACGUUGGCUUGGAAAUUCUUCAUGUUCAUAAUAUUGGUCACUACAUUCCUAAAGUGAAGGCUGCAAUUGAAUCCAUUCUGAGAUCUUGUCAUAAAACUUAUAGUCAGGCUCUGCUUACUUCUUCAAGGACUACAAUAGAUGCUGUCACGAAAGAAAAGUCUCAGUGGUACCUUUUCCGCUCAGUCCUUAAGUGCAUACCCUACUUGAUUGAAGAAGUUGGCCGGAGUGACAAAAUCACGGAAAUAAUUCCACAGCACGGUAUCAGCAUCGACCCGGGAGUUCGUGAGGAAGCCGUUCAGGUUCUGAACCGGAUUGUAAGAUACCUUCCCCAUCGCCGUUUUGCAGUCAUGAGAGGGAUGUCGAAUUUCAUCCUUCGUCUUCCAGACGAGUUCCCUCUUCUGAUUCAGACGUCUUUGGGUCGCCUUCUUGAGCUCAUGCGUUUCUGGAGAGCGUGUCUCGCGGAGGACAUGAUGGAGCAGCAUGAGACUCCUGACUCCAAGCGCCUGCAGAGGAACGAGGGGCUGAAGAGGUCAUCUUUCAAGCAGCCUCAGGAGGCAAUUGAGUUCCGUGCUUCAGAGAUAGAUGCAGUUGGGCUUAUAUUCCUUAGCUCUGUCGACAGUCAGAUUAGGCAUACCGCUCUGGAGCUACUGCGUUGUGUGCGUGCUUUAUGGCAUGAUAUACGCGAACUCUCGAUGCAAGAGAGGCCGGACCAUGUCGCGAGAACUGAACCCGAGCCAAUAUUCAUUAUUGACGUUCUAGAAGAAAAUGGGGAUGAUAUUGUGCAAAGCUGUUAUUUUGACUUUGGUCGUCCUUUCGAUCUGAACCGAGAGUCUGAUGUUGUUCCUUCUGAUGUGACUCUUCAGUCUAUACUAUUUGAGAGCCCUGAUAAGAACAGAUGGGCCCGAUGCGUAAGUGAGAUUGUCAAAUAUGCUGCUGAACUAUGUCCUAGUUCUGUUCAGGAAGCAAAGUUAGAGGUUAUUCAACGCCUUGCUCAUAUUACUCCGGCCGAAUUGGGUGGAAAGGCUCAUCAGUCGCAGGACAUAGACAAUAAGCUAGAUCAGUGGCUCAUGUAUGCAAUGUUUGCAUGCUCAUGUUCGCUGAAUGGUCGGGAAGGUGGGGGUUCCGCACCGACAAAAGAACUAUUCCAUCUGAUUUUUCCUUCCCUCAAAUCUGGUUCUGAAUCACAAGUACAUGCAGCCACCAUGGCACUUGGCCACUCGCAUUUGGAUAUAUGCGAAAUAAUGUUCAGCGAGCUUGCCAUAUUUAUAGAUGAAGUUUCUCUAGAAACCGAGGGAAAGCCAAAGUGGAAGAGUCAAAAAUCUCGCCGUGAAGAACUCCGUGUCCACAUUGCAAAUAUAUAUCGCACAGUUGCUGAGAAAAUAUGGCCUGGGAUGCUUGGCCGCAAGCCAGUUUUCCGACUUCAUUACUUGAAGUUCAUUGAUGAAACAACUCGACAGAUUUUGACUUCGCCUCCAGAGAAUUUCCAAGAGAUGCAACCCCUGCGAUAUUCACUUGCUUCUGUUCUGAGAUUUUUGGCUCCAGAAUUUGUUGAUUCAAAGUCGGAGAAAUUUGACGUUAGGACAAGAAAGAGACUUUUCGAUCUCCUUCUCUCCUGGGGUGAUGAUACUGGUGGCACGUGGAAUCAGGACGGUGUUAGUGAUUAUAGGCGUGAAGUUGAGCGCUACAAGUCCAGUCAGCACUCGCGGUCAAAAGACUCGAUCGAUAAGCUGUCAUUUGAUAAGGAAUUGGCUGAACAGGUUGAGGCAAUACAAUGGGCUUCCAUGAAUGCAAUGGCGUCUCUGUUAUAUGGGCCUUGCUUUGAUGACAACGCGAGAAAGAUGAGUGGCAGGGUGAUCUCAUGGAUAAAUAGCUUGUUUAUUGAGCCUGCGCCUAGGGCUCCUUUUGGGUUUUCACCAGCUGAUCCAAGAACCCCGUCUUACUCGAAAUAUGCUGGAGAUGGUGGGCGAGGGACAACGAACCGUGAUAGGCAUAGAGGUGGUCACCAUCGAGUUUCUCUUGCAAAACUGGCUCUGAAGAAUCUACUCCUCACUAAUUUGGACCUCUUUCCUGCGUGCAUUGAUCAGUGUUAUUAUUCAGAUGCCGCAAUCGCUGAUGGCUACUUCAGCGUUCUGGCUGAGGUUUACAUGCGUCAAGAGAUACCAAAAUGCGAAAUCCAGAGGCUACUGAGCCUCAUCCUCUAUAAAGUGGUGGACCCAUCAAGACAAAUCCGUGAUGAUGCCCUUCAGAUGCUUGAGACUCUCUCCCUUCGAGAAUGGGCCGAGGAUGGAGUCGAGACCUCGGGAAGCUAUCGAGCUGCUGUCGUUGGCAACCUUCCUGACUCUUACCAACAGUUUCAAUACAAACUCUCUUGCAAACUCGCCAAAGACCACCCAGAAUUGAGCCAGCUUCUCUGUGAGGAGAUCAUGCAAAGGCAACUCGAUGCAGUGGACAUAAUUGCUCAGCAUCAAGUGUUGACAUGCAUGGCUCCUUGGAUCGAAAAUCUCAACUUUUGGAAAUUGAAAGACUCGGGAUGGAGCGAAAGGUUGCUAAAGAGCCUUUAUUAUGUCACGUGGCGCCAUGGUGACCAAUUUCCAGAUGAAAUCGAGAAGUUAUGGAGUACGAUCGCUAGCAAGCCAAGGAACAUAAGUCCCGUCCUUGAUUUUCUGAUCACAAAGGGAAUUGAGGAUUGCGAUUCGAAUGCGUCGGCUGAAAUAAGCGGAGCAUUUGCCACCUACUUCUCAGUUGCAAAGAGGGUCAGUUUGUAUUUAGCUCGGAUUUGCCCACAGAGAACCAUCGACCACCUUGUUUACCAAUUGGCUCAACGCAUGCUUGAAGAUACAGUUGAACCACUAAGAGCCACAGUCGCUAAUAACAAAGGGGACGCUCUAGGAGGAGGCGUCUUAGAAUUUUCCCAAACCCCUGCCACAAAUCAAAUCGCAUCUGUUGUGGACACCCAGCCUCCACACAUGUCGCCUCUGCUUGUUCGUGGGUCCCUAGACGGCCCACUCAGGAAUGCCAGUGGAAGCUUGAGCUGGCGGACGUCCGCCGUCGGCGGGCGGAGUGCUUCCGGCCCGUUAACCCCUAUGGCUCCGGAGCUUAACAUUGUUCCCGUUAGUGCCGGCCGGUCGGGCCAGCUCAUGCCUUCAUUGGUCAACAUGUCAGGCCCACUAAUGGGUGUAAGGAGCUCGACGGGAAGCUUACGGAGCCGCCACAUGUCGCGGGACAGCGGAGAUUACCUCAUCGACACCCCAAAUUCCGGUGAGGACAUUUUAUUGCACACUGGGGUGGGGGCCCACGGUGUCAAUGCUAAAGAACUCCAGUCGGCAUUACAGGGUCAUCAGCAGCACACAUUAACGCAAGCCGACAUCGCAUUGAUUCUUCUAGCAGAGAUCGCCUAUGAAAACGAUGAGGAUUUCCGGGAGCAUCUGCCUUUGCUCUUCCACGUGACGUUUGUCUCCAUGGACAGCUCGGAGGACAUCGUGCUCGAGCACUGCCAGCACCUGCUCGUCAAUCUCCUUUACUCGCUUGCCGGUCGGCACCUGGAACUGUACGACGUCGAGAACAGCGAGGGGGAGAACAAGCAGCAGGUUGUUAGCCUGAUUAAGUACGUGCAAUCCAAACGGGGAAACAUGAUGUGGGAAAAUGAGGACCCCACUGUCGUUAGAACCGAACUCCCAAGCGCUGCCCUCCUAUCCGCUCUCGUCCAGAGCAUGGUGGAUGCCAUCUUCUUCCAGGGUGACCUUAGAGAGACCUGGGGUGCUGAGGCCCUCAAGUGGGCCAUGGAGUGCACGUCCAGACACCUCGCGUGCAGGUCCCACCAAAUAUACCGCGCGCUGCGACCGCGCGUCACGAACGAUGCAUGCGUGUCCCUCCUUCGCUGCCUGCACCGUUGCCUCGGAAACCCCAUCCCUUCUGUCCUGGGGUUCGUGAUGGAGAUCCUGCUCACACUGCAGGUGAUGGUGGAGAACAUGGAGCCCGAGAAGGUUAUCCUCUACCCGCAGCUCUUCUGGGGCUGUGUGGCCAUGAUGCACACCGACUUCAUCCAUGUCUACCGUCAAGUCCUCGAGCUCUUCUCCCGCGUCGUUGACCGCCUCUCCUUCCGCGACACCACCACCGAGAACGUCCUUCUCUCCAGCAUGCCGCGUGACGGCCCCGACGCUGAUGGCGUCAGUGUGCGGGUUCCACAGUUUGAGGGUGUGCAGCCCCUCGUCCUCAAGGGCCUCAUGUCGUCUGUUAGCCACGAAGCCUCGAUCGAGGUCCUCACGCGUUUGGCUUCCCCCUCGUGCGACUCCAUCUUCGGCGCUCCUGAGACCCGGCUGCUGAUGCACAUCACGGGGAUUCUCCCGUGGCUCUGCCUGCAGCUGGCGGGGGGCCCGGCACAGGUCAGGGCGCGUGGCGCCGCAGCCUCUGUGGCUGCGUGGUGCCGGGCUCGGUCGAUGGACGAGCUGGCAACCGUGUUCGCUGCGUAUGCGUCGGGGGAGAUCCGGGGCAUCGAGAACCUACUUGCGUGCGUCUCUCCCCUGAUGUGCGGCGAAUGGUUCCCGAGGCACUCGGCCCUUGCGUUCGGGCACCUGCUGCGGCUGCUCGAGAGGGGGCCUGCCGAGUACCAGCGGGUCGUGCUCCUCAUUCUCAAGGCCCUGCUGCAGCACACUCCCGUUGACGCUGCUCAGAGCCCCCACAUGUACGCCAUCGUUUCCCAGCUUGUUGAGAGCACCCUCUGCUGGGAGGCGCUCAGCGUCCUCGAGGCCCUCCUACAGAGCUGUAGCUCCCACCACCCGCACGAUCACCCGCUGCCAGGCUUCUUCGAGAAUGGGUUUAGCGGUGCGGAUGAGAAGCUCCUUGUGCCACAGACGUCGUUCAAGGCCCGGAGCGGGCCCCUGCAGUUUGCAGCGGGGGUUGGGCCGGGUCUGGCGCCUUUUGGGCAGGGUAGUGUGAGUGACUCCAGUGCUUCAGCUAAGGAACUGGCUUUGCAGAACACCCGAUUGAUGUUGGGUCGCGUGCUCGACAGUUGUGCGCUCGGCAGACGGAGGGACUAUAGAAGGCUUGUUCCAUUCGUGACCACCAUUGGGAACCCGUAA